UUAAUUUGAGAAUAAUUGCGAGACAACAAUCAAAAUAAUACAAGCUUUAUUUGUCAAACUAAGCAACAAUAUUAACUUCCAUAAUACAAAAGAAAAAAUACAAUAAAUUAAAAACAAAAUAAAUAUUUAAAAUAAAUAAAUAAACUGAAUAUGGUUUUCUACUUCAAAAGCAAUGUGGUGCAGCCGACGGCGAUGCUUUACAUGGGUCGUGACAAGCACGAGAACGAAGAGCUGAUUCGCUGGGGCUGGCCGGAAGAUGUGUGGUUCCAUGUGCACAACUUAUCCUCGGCGCAUGUCUAUCUGCGCCUACGGAAAGGACAGACCAUCGAUGAUAUACCCACUGAUGUACUGGUGGAUGCUGCACAACUAUGCAAGGCCAACAGCAUCCAGGGCAACAAGGUAAACAAUCUGGAAGUAGUCUACACGAUGUGGGAGAAUCUUAAGAAAACGCCGGAAAUGGAGCCGGGCCAGGUGGCCUAUCACGACGAGAAGGCUGUGCGCAAAAUUCGUUUGGAGAAGCGUGUUAAUGAGAUUAUCAAUCGCCUGAAUCGUACCAAAACCGAGGAGGAGCAUCCCGAUUUUCGGGGUCAGCGUGAGGCACGCGAUGCCGCUGAUCGACAGGAUCAGAAGCGAUUGCAACGCGAGAAGCGGGAACAGGAAAAGGAGGCGGCCAAGCUGCGUGAACUGGAGGCCGAGCUGCGCAGCUAUUCCUCACUGCAAAAGACGGAAAACAUGCGCACCAACUACGAUGCUGGCAAUGAAUCUGAUGACUUUAUGUAGUAGCGGUAGAGAUUUGCCUACUUACACCCUCCCUCACCCUAUCUAUUGACAGACGGUUGCUGCAUUUCAAAAUUUGUUUACUUAUCAAACAUACACAUACACCUAUAUAAAACAUUAUUAUUUUUAUAUUAAAACCUGUACAACACGUUGUUCAGCAAUUGUAAAUUGGCUGCUAAAGGAACACAGAAAAGCUAACAUUUUAACAGCCGUGGAGUGAUGCUUUCUCAAGUGAGGAGCAAUUCUGUGAAUAUUUGUAGACGUAAGAUGUCUGGCAACGCUUUGCACAAUUUCAAAAUUUGUGCGCAAAUAUAAUAAAUUAAACACAACAUAAUAUUGAUGGUUGGCCAGUUAUCAUAUAUUCUCAUAUAUAUGUACAAUAAUAACAGUAAUAACCUCAGCAUAUAGAAAUUGUCGAGUUGUUAAUGAACUACACAAGGACAUAAAUCCAUUUCCGAAUAAACAAACACUUCGUGUACAAAAAACAAAGAAAAUCUGCAUUCAAAAAUUAUGGAGUCCCCCAUGAACCCAAAAAAUUUUAAGAUUUCACCUGUAGAUCGAGCGUAAAUUCGAUAAGUUCGAUAAAUUAUGAGCUUAAGGGUCUUUCGUAUAUUUUAUUGUUUAAUUAGAAUCAGCAGGCUAAGGAUUAUCCACGGUUCAAAUUAAAUAUUGAUUGUCUAUUUUCUAAUUGGUGUGGUUUUUUCUUGGAUAAGGUACAUACUCGUAUUUAUUUUGAUUAAAACGCAUUUUAGACUUACAGAUAAUAUAUAAAUAUAAUAUUGGUAUUAUUAUUAUAAUGUCUCUAGAUAUGUACAUAUGCAUACAUAUAUUGUUCUAAAAGUACUUUUUGAUUUUCCACAUAUGUACGUACAUGUGCACCAUUUAUAAUAUAUAAUUAUUUAGUACAGUAAAAAGUGCUUAGUAAAUUAGUUUUAAAAUCGUGCAUUCCUAUAGCUACAUACAUAUAUAUGCUUGUGUAUAGAAAUUCAAAGGGGUGCAAACGCUCAAUAUAAUAUCAAAUAUUGAAAGCUAUGAGCUUCAUAAUUAUAUGCUAUAAAUAUACAGAUAUGCCAUAUAUAUAUAUAUAAAGAUAUAGUAGGUAUAUAGACUAUAAAUAGUCUGAUCGAUUUUUUGUAAAGCUGCAGAUGCCAAUAAACAAUUGACAUGGAAUGUU